GGGUGGGCGGCUCUUUGUCGAAGCUAGAGGACCGGCAGGCGGCAGCAGCAACUACGGCGGCGGCGGCAGAACCCAGCAGUGAUGUGGAGGUGGAGACCCACAGGAGCCCCGGACUUCACCUGAGCUACCUCAGCAGUCACCAAGAGUGGCAAGAGAAGGAGGAAGGCCCUGAGUUGGAGGGGGCCAGAAUGCCUGACCGGGACAGCUAUACCAACGGUACCGGCAGCAGCGGUGGAGGCCCUGGAGGUGGUAGCAGUGAGGAGGCCACUGGAGCAGCAGCAGGCACUGGUGGGGCCAGCUCAGAUGCCAUCUGUAGAGACUUCCUGAGGAAUGUGUGCAAGAGAGGAAAGCGUUGUCGAUAUCGCCACCCAGACAUGAGUGAGGUAUCCAACUUGGGGGUAAGCAAAAAUGAAUUCAUCUUCUGCCAUGACUUCCAGAACAAAGAGUGUAGCCGCCCAAACUGCCGUUUCAUUCAUGGUUCCAAGGAGGAUGAGGAUGGCUAUAAGAAGACAGGAGAGCUUCCACCUCGGCUGAGGCAGAAAGUAGCUGCUGGCCUGGGGCUUUCACCAGCUGACCUACCAAAUGGCAAGGAGGAGGUUCCUAUCUGCCGUGACUUUCUCAAGGGUGACUGUCAGAGAGGAGCCAAGUGCAAGUUCCGUCACCUGCAAAGGGAUUUUGAGUUUGAUGCUCGGGGUGGAGGAGGUACUGGUGGUGGAGGCUCAACAGGCUCAGUGCCCCCAGGACGACGCCAUGAUCUCUAUGAUAUCUAUGACCUACCUGACAGGGGCUUUGAGGACCAUGAGCCAGGGCCCAAGCGCCGGAGAGGUGGAUGCUGCCCUCCUGAUGGCCCCCAUUUUGAAUCAUAUGAAUAUAGUUUGGCUCCACCCCGAGGAGUAGAAUGCAGACUGCUAGAGGAGGAAAAUGCUAUGCUCAGGAAGCGUGUAGAAGAGCUAAAGAAGCAGGUCAGCAACCUGUUGGCUACUAAUGAGGUACUUCUGGAACAAAAUGCCCAGUUCCGCAAUCAAGCCAAGGUCAUGACCUUGAGUUCUACUGCACCAGCAACUGAGCAAACUCUGGCCCCCACUGUGGGCACUGUUGCCACUUUUAAUCAUGGCAUUGCCCAGACUCACACUACUCUCAGCAGCCAGGCUCUACAGCCUCGUCCUGUGUCCCAGCAAGAACUGGUGGCCCCCACUGGAGCUCCAGCUGCUCCCCCAACUAAUGCUGCACCUCCUGCUGCUCCACCACCCCCACCCCCACACUUGAACCCAGAGAUCACACCACUGUCAGCUGCUCUGGCUCAAACAAUCGCCCAGGGAAUGGCACCACCACCUGUCUCCAUGGCUCCUGUGGCUGUAUCUGUGGCUCCUGUGGCUCCUGUGGCUGUAUCGAUGGCCCAACCCUUGGCAGGAAUCACAAUGAGCCACACCACCACUCCCAUGGUGACUUACCCCAUUGCUUCCCAGAGCAUGCGCAUCACAGCCAUGCCACAUUGAUGGGGCUAAUGGAUACUCCCCUGGUAUAGCCUCUCAGGGCUGGGUUUGAGGGGUCCUUACCUACCCCCCUAGCCCUCCCAGGCCCUGUCUGAAGGGCUCACUCAAGGACUAGGACAAGAGACUAUAAGGAGUAUGCUUCUGAGGAGCAUUUCCUGAGGUGGGGUUGGGUUGGUGUGUUCUGUCACCACCCUUUUAAGGGGGUCUUCUUGUCCUUUAUUCAGGCCUCAAUCAAGUCGGGGCUUUCAUAGGAAUGCAGACUGAAACCAGUGAGAGGAAGGACUGACUAAGUGAGGGGAUAUGUCCUCUUACAGAAGUUGGGGACAUCCUUGAUUUUGUCCUCUUGUGAACAGCACAGGUCCUAGCACUGGUUUUGGAAGAAAAAAAAUCCCCACACAGAGGGAGAGCCAGGAAAGAAUUGGGAAGUGGAUGGCCAGGAGAGAAGGCCUCAUAGGAGACGAUUUGGGGCCCAGUUGGGUUAGAUAAUACAGGAACUACUGCUGGGCCCCUGAAGAGAUCGGGACCAUAGUAUUCCAGCUCAAAGACUAGGGGAGCCUUCACAUACCUAGCUUGGCCUGGAAAUCUGUAGGGCAGGGCCCACUACUUUCCAAAGAAAUAAAAGAGCAAUUAUUUUUAACAAAUGGAGGCAGUGAAAACUUGCUUAGAAAUUUUCUGGAAGAAGGGAGCAUAAAGUAGGUCUCAUGCCAAAAUGGGGUAAGGACCCCACCCUCACAAAGCUUGGGUAAGUUGGAUGAAAAUCAGCAAAGGGUAGGUAUGCAGAACAAGACCAAAUGGGGCUUUGAGGAAAGCACUUUGUGGGGAAAAGCAUUGGAGCCACCUAGUCUAGUUUAAAAAUAGUCCCAUCUGUUUCUGAUCUCUGUCUGCAUGUGCUGUUCCCAGGUUGCCUUAGUAACCAGGGCUCCUAGGGUCAUUUAGGGGGGCAAGUACUAAAGAGGGUGUAUGUGCUGAGAAAUGGGGAUGAGGUGUUAUGUAGUUGACAAAUCCUUCCCUUAUUCAAAGAGCAAGGCAGGUGGCAGUUACCUCUCUUAGUUGUUGAUGGCAUUUACUGUCCCUUCUACCCCAGCCCUUUCUCAGUGGCCAGUCUCUUAAGCCUUCAAGGCUUGGGAGGUGCUGGGAAAAGGGAGUUCUUCUGGGGACACAAGCCUCAGGGUUUAUCCCUUUCUUUCUUCUAUCUGCAUAAAGGACCAGAGGUUUAAAAUCCACUUAAGGGUCAUUAAGUCCAGAGGCCCAGUAGCCAAACUUCAGUCUCUCCUUAGCUCAUGGCUGACGUAGGGGAAACAACUCAGGUAUCUGUUCUAAAAUUGGGGGUAGAGAAAAUGGUCCUGGAUGUGCUUCCUUAAUUGUAUCUCCUGCUGCCUUUUGCUCUGGUGUGGUUAAUCACUCAGAUUAUACACCUGGGGUUGGAGAUGGUGGGCUAGAUCAAGGCUGGUCACUUAAAAAAAUGAAAUCGGGAGCAGUGGCACACGCGUGUAGUCCCAGCUACUAGGGAGGCUAAGGUAGGAGGGUCACUUGAGCCCAGGAGUUGGGAGACUAGCCUAGACAACAUAGUGAGACCCUGUCUCAAAAUAAAGAUGGGGGGUGGCCUAAAGACAAAAAACGUGGGCAAGUAUUGUUUAUGAAUUUUAGAAACAACACUUGAUAAGUUUAAUAUUCAUCUUCUGGCACAAUUCUGGAUUAUUAAAAAAGAUGAUUUAUGAAUAUUUAGAGAGGAAUAUGAUUAUAGAUACCAUGAAUUCUCAAGUCAGGUCCCAACCUUAUUUCCUUCUUGUCAAGUAUCUCCAAAGAAGUGAAUUUGGGAAACUGUGGACAUUGUAUGUCUUGUAUUCAUGCACUCCAGCUAAAGAUCACCAGGAAUAUACAUGUAGUACACCAAAUACAGUUCAAUGCUUAUUGCA